UGGACCAAACGAGAGCGCGGGCGGUAGGCAAGGGGAGGAGGGAAGGCCCGUGUCGGUAAACACCUCCCUCCAAGCCUUGCAAGCGGGUAGCGGGUUUGGCUGAGAACGAAGCGAGCGAGCUGCGAGGCAGAGAGAGGAAGGCGUGAGGCAAGUGCGGGGAGGAAUUUUUCUCUUUUUUUCCACGCGGGCGGGCAAUAACGAAGGCGGCGCCAGGGAGGCAGUGGCGGCGGCGAUAGCGGGAGCAGCAGCAGCGCUGAGGGACGGAGCGGCGGGGGAUGCGAGGCCCGGAAUCUCCCACAAAGUUAAAUACAUGACUGUAAGAAAGAGGAAAUCUAUAUUGAUAGACUGUACUAUCGAGAAACCUUCUCUUCAGUCUGCAAAGCCUUCAGCUUUUCUCUAUGCCAUGUUGUGUGACUGUUGUCCCAUGAGGAAUUUGUCUUCAUGAAGAUUCCUAAUAUUGGUAAUGUGAUGAAUAAAUUUGAGAUCCUUGGGGUUGUUGGUGAAGGAGCCUAUGGAGUUGUUCUUAAGUGCAGGCACAAGGAAACACAUGAAAUUGUGGCCAUUAAGAAGUUCAAAGACAGUGAAGAAAAUGAAGAGGUCAAAGAAACUACUUUACGAGAACUUAAAAUGCUCCGUACUUUGAAACAGGAAAACAUAGUCGAGCUGAAAGAAGCUUUCAGAAGAAGAGGAAAACUGUAUUUGGUGUUUGAAUAUGUAGAAAAAAAUAUGCUUGAAUUGCUAGAAGAAAUGCCAAAUGGAGUUACACCUGAAAAAGUAAAAAGCUAUAUUUAUCAACUAAUAAAAGCAAUUCAUUGGUGUCAUAAAAAUGAUAUUGUUCAUAGAGAUAUCAAGCCAGAGAAUCUCUUAAUAAGCCACAAUGAUAUUUUGAAAUUGUGUGACUUUGGCUUUGCACGGAAUUUAUCAGAAGGGAGCAAUGCUAACUACACAGAAUAUGUGGCCACCAGGUGGUAUCGUUCUCCUGAACUCUUGCUUGGAGCCCCAUAUGGCAAGUCUGUAGAUAUGUGGUCAGUAGGCUGUAUUCUUGGGGAACUUAGUGACGGACAGCCCUUGUUUCCUGGCGAAAGUGAAAUUGACCAACUUUUUACAAUUCAGAAGGUGCUAGGACCACUCCCUGCAGAGCAAAUGAAGCUUUUCUACAGCAAUCCCCGUUUCCAUGGGCUGCGGUUUCCUGCAGUUAACCAUCCACAGUCUUUGGAAAGGAGAUAUUUAGGAAUCUUAAGUGGUGUUUUACUUGACCUUAUGAAGAACUUACUGAAACUGGAUCCAGCUGACAGAUACUUAACAGAGCAGUGUCUGAACCACCCAGCAUUUCAAACUCAGAGGCUCUUGGAUCGUUCACCUUCACGGUCAACUAAAAGAAAACCUUACCAUGGAGAUAGUAACACCUUAUCCAACAGAACUCAAGCUAGCAAAAGUACUGCUGUGCAAUCUCAUCACAGAUCAAACAGCAAAGAUAUACAGAAUAUAGGAGUUGGAUUGCAGAGAGAAGAAGUUCUUCCGUCAAAUGAAAGCUUUCUAAAUGGAAAUAUGCCUGUUGCUUCACAUAGCCCAAUGCUUUCAAAAAAGCCAACUAACGCUCCUGGAUCUGGAAGCAAGGAUCUAGCUAAUAACAACAUCCCACACCUCCUCAGUCCAAAAGAAGGAAAAACAAAAACUGAGUUUGAUUUUAAUUCGGAUCCCAAAGCAUCUGAUGGUCCAGGUACAAAAUACUUGAAGUCAAAUUCCAGAUCUCAGCACAACCGCCACUCGUUUAUGGAGAGUUCUCAGAGCAAAACUGGCACGCUGCAACCAGGCGAAAGGCAUAGCCGUCACAGUUACAUUGAUACUAUUCCUCAGUCUUCAAAGAGUCCCUCCUAUCGAACAAAGUCAAAAAGUCAUGGGGCUCUGACAGAUUCCAAAUCUGUGGGUAAUCUUUCCGAGGCCAGGGUUCAAGUUGCAGAACCAAACAACAGUAGGUAUUUUCCAUCCAGCUGCUUGGACUUGAACUCUCCUACCACACCAACACCUCCACGCCAUGCUGACAACAGGACUUUGCUGAGUCCUUCUGCAAGAAAUAACAGAAGUGACGGUACGCUUGAAUCGCGAAGACCAUCUACAAGACAUUCCAAAACUAUGGAGGAGCUGAAAUUGCCAGAUCACAUGGAUGGAAGCCAUUCACACUCUUUAUCUGCUCCCCAUGAAUCUUUUUCUUACGGUUUAGGUUAUACAAGUCCCUUUUCUUCACAGCAGCGCCCUCAUAGACAUUCUAUGUAUGUGAGCCGGGACAGAGUGAGGACCAAGGGCUCAGAGGGUGGCUUAAGCGUAGGGCAAGGGAUGGCAGCCAGAGCAAACAGCCUGCAACUAUUAUCUCCACAGGUGCAGCAUAAGUCACUCACAAGAUCUGUUGGCUCCUCCCGUGAAGACUGUACAGAAGAUACCAGUAGGGGUGGAGCAUAUCAUGAUCAGCACACAGAUGAUGGAGCAUCCACAAAAGAAAAUAGACUUCUAUAUAAUGAUCCUGUACCUAGGAGAGUUGGUAGCUUUUACAGAGUCCCAUCUCCACGCCCAGAGGGAACAUUCCUAGAUAAUAGUGCCUCAAACAGAAUACCUUCGCUACCAGCAGAAAGUAGUAGUGUAACAAGCCACUCAAAGAGACAAACUGCUUUUGAUCCCUGGAAAAGUCCUGAAAAUGCUCAUUCUGAGCAACUAAAGGAAAAAGAAAAGCAAGGGUUUUUCAGGGCGAUAAAGAAGAAGAAAAAGAAAUCUCAAUCUACAGAAUCCACCAAGGCGGAGAAUCCAAGCAUCAAGAAAUCACUCUUUCCUCUUUUUAGUACAAAGAAUCACUUAAAGCAUAGCUCUUCUUUGAAAAAGAUUCCUGUAAUCACUCUACCUAUGAUGCCUGGGAGUGAUAGUCAGGAUCUUUUGGCAUUACAGAAAGCUAUGCACUCAUCUAAUCACCCUGGCAGCAGGCAGAAGGAUUGGCAUUCUGAUAAGAUGACAGAAAUCCAAAGUCAUAGCCAGCCUUUAAAAUCCCUCCGCAAGUUGUUGCACCUUUCUUCAUCCUCAAACCAUUCAAUUCCUUCUGAACCUCGAUUCCAGCCCUUACCAAGUCAGCCAACUAAAACAUCUUUUUCUGAAGUUCGAAUUCAUCCCAUAAGUCAAGUUUCCUCCAGUAGCAGCAGCAACCUACGGCAGGAGUCCCAGUCAAAAGGCAGAACCACACUUCAGAUCCCGGGCCAGAUGGAACCCAGUUGGCAUGUUUCCCCAGUGAACAGGAGUGCCAAUGAUGGGACUUCAUACUCUGAUCAGAUGCCUUCUAAGAGUGGGCAAAAUGGUCAUACUUACAACCGAACAAAUAGAUCCCGAAUGCCAAACUUGAAUGAUUUGAAAGAGACAGCUUUGUAAUAAUACUCCAGGAGAUGCUAUUGCAGGGAUUUUAUCAGGGGGCAUGGCAGUGCUGGUGAUCGUGGUGGUAACUGAAUUCUCAGCUUUAUAAAAGGUGUGCAAUAUUGAAUACGUGGAGCUACUGUUUGGUACCACACCAGUAGGGAUCUUACAGUGAAAUUAUUAAUUGCCAUUCAUCUAAUCUCAUGACAAAAGAAUGUGCACUUCAGGGAGAAUGAACUUUUUUGCCCUUUUCUCUCAUUUUACAUUCCAGCUUAGUGCACUCCUCCGUCUGUAUAGGCACUUCGGAGAGUUGAAAGAAAUGUCUUUAGACCUGUGCCCUUAUGAAAAAAAAAUUUGCUGCCUAGAUUUAAUUUUUUUUAAAAGAAACUGUGGGGUUUAUGUGAAACACUUGUAUCCCUAAUAAGGGUUUAAAGUUAAGUUGUAUGUUUUUAUUUGUUUUUUAAACUUCCAUAUUUGAUAGGGUUUGUAAUAUUUAUUUAUGAUCUACUAUUGUAUUGUUAUAAUCAUAUCUUACGUUACAAUGUAUAAUUAUUUUGAGCUGUUUGAAACAUUGUGAUGCAGUGCAACAGCUACAGUAGUUUCUAUAAAAACUAACAUACAUAGAUUGCAUCAGGAGUAUUUUAUUAUAUACAUAAAUUAUAUAUAUGAAUAUAUAUAUAUAUAUACACAGAUAUAUAUAAAUGGUAAAUAACUGUCUUUUUAAAAAUAUACUCAUUUAAAAGAAAAGUAUUGUUAUGACACUAUCUGCCAUAUUUUUAUACAUUUGUGAUAUAAAGUGCAGUAUUAUACUUCUAAUAAAAGGGAACUGAAUGUGGAUUGAAGUGUGAACUAAGAAGUUUUGCCCAGCUAGUACUAGAUGCAGUGUCAUUGCUGACAAACAAAAUACAAUAGUAAUUCUCAGACUUUGCUCUUAGCUUGUUUCUGCAGGUAAUGGCUUAUCAAAAAUGGAAACCCUUAAAGUCAAUUGAAAAGUGAUAUAUUUCCCCCUAAAUGUGUGCUUAGCUUUUCCCGUUACUCUUAAUGGAAGACAGGCAUCUGCAUUAUCGUGGUAGAAUCCCACCUCGUUACAGUUGUCCAUGCGGAAAAACGAACCUGUAACAAGUUAACGCAGAUCCUCUUCUGUUCAAUAUGUGAGGUGAAGACCAAAGAGCCACAGCAGGAGUUGCAAGUGGCAAGCCAAAGUUGGCAUGACUUAGCACUGUAAAUCAUGGUGAAAGGUUUUAGGCCUCUAUGUAUUCUUUGCACUUUGCUUGAAAUUGUACCGACCAGAAAGUAAAAUAUUGUAUUUAAAUGUAAGAGAGGACGUGGCACUUCUAUUUUGUUUCUAAGAUUUAAUAAAAACUGUGACGUAAUAUUUGAAUAUGGAAAGCAACACUUUUUCUGCUAAGUUUGAUUUCCCCCUAUAUCACUUAUAAGAAUAUCUAUGUGGACAUUAAAGCUUCACUCUCUUCAGAGUGCUGGAUGUUUUCUAAUUUCCUAUAGAAUAUUAUUUUUAAAAAAUCAAGUGGACUUAUAGCAGAGUGUAUGUAGAGUCUAAUAUUCCGUUUGCUCACAAUUACUAUAACUCAGGAAAAAAGAUAAUUGGAAAAAUGUUGGCCUAUUAUGGAGCUGGUAUAAAUGAAAAAAGAAUGAGACAAUAGUGUCAGAACAAUACAUGUUUUAAGUCUUAACUCCUCAGACUUACACAACUCUUGAAAGCAUAGCUUAGUCAACUAGUUGUUUUUCUAGCAGUUUACUGCUUUGUCCUCCAAAAGAUUACCUGAAAAGCAGACUGGUUUACGCGGAUAUUUAGAAGUACAGAUGAAUGGAAGAGAUGUACUCUUAGCUUUGCAGUACAUUAAAGGUAUAUGUGAAUUUUUAAAAACAGCAUCAGCAGACUUCAUAGCAGGAACAAAAUGUUUUUCAUUGCCAAAACCAAAAACUUGAGUUGUAAGGAUAGUAUAUGUGUCUGUUUCCUAUUUAGAAAACAGGUAUUAGAACAAUACAUGAAAUAAUGAGUGUGUUGUGGGGAAUAUGAGACCGUAUGAUGGAGUUUGUUUAGUAACUGGGUGUCAAUUUGAUUAAUAGAGUAUCUAUCUUCUAACAGUCUCCUUCACCCACCAGCUGCCAAAUUGGCCUUACUAUUUGUUUUGAGACUGCAGCUCUGAGCAGUACUGUCUGCGUUACACUAGUUGUAGCUGUUUAAUUAUUGCUAUACCCCAUUUUGAUUACUAAUACUUAUUACACUGCAGGCAAUUUGCACACACAAUUUUUUGUAAUGCUAUUUCUAGCUCGUGUGUGGAAGCCCUCUGCCUUGAAAAGAUUUAGCAUCAAAGUUGUAUAUCAGAAAAUCAUUAAUUGUAUUGUUGCAUUUAAAAUUAGUAUUGCCAUUUUCAAGGAUAAACCUGAAAGUAUCUGCCUGACUUUCAGGAGAGAGUGAAGAAAUAAUAUAAUUUUCUCCUUUUGUUAAAAUAAAAACUGUACAUCAUGCUUGAACACACACAGUUUCCAAUCUGUUAAUAUAAAGAGUAAGUCUUAUUUCAAAAGCCUUGCACUUAAUUUGGUUUAUGUAGCCAACUUGUAAUAUGUUAGACUUGUAAAUAUGCUAAGACAUCCAAAAAUCUUAUUAGGCUAAUGGAGAUUUGCUAGCAUCAGAAGAAGAGCAAAGCCUAUUACACAUUAAACUAUUAUUCAAGUGUGAGCUUUUCUCUUCACUGAGAUUAGAAAAGUAAUUUGCUGUACUCUCUGUAGCUUUACCAAGGAUAGAGCAGCUAAACUUAGGUAUGUGUUUUGCUCUCUGAUGGUAUUCCUAGUGUAAAAUAAUCAGUGUCAUGUAUACUACUGGAAGGCAGCAUACAUUUUCCUGUGGCAUUGUAGGGAUAUUUUAAAUAGGGAAAAUGAAACCUUGAUAUAUUUAACAAUAUCUGUGGAACAAAUCUUUGAUACUUUUGCAAAAUUGUCCAUUCAAUAGCAUUUCGUUCGAAAGUGCCCAUAUUCCAAUAAAAUGCAUUAAAACCGGCCUAAACAGUUUAUUGAAAGUAGAAUUUGGUAAACAUGCUGCUGAGAUUUUCAUUUUGGUAAACGUUGAUGAUAGUAAAAAGAGAAGCAAGUUAAAUUUUGCUUGAUUCUCAGAGAGUGGGGAAUGAGCAUAUUUUUAAGUUUUUUUAAAAAAAUUGUAAGUCGUGUUUAAAAUUUGAAAGAUUACCGAGAUUUAUAACUGAGAUCUAGCAUGUUUAGUGCAAGAGGUUUGAGAGCUGACAUUGCACAAGCAUAAACGGACAAGCUUAACUGUGACCAACUAUAAUAAUAAUGGCAGUUGCGCUAGUUAUCCUCAACCAUCAGGCACCCGCUGGAUUUGGCUGUUGCACUACACUGCUAAUGAGACUCCUACUAGCAGACUGGCUUGUCACGUGAGCAGGUUGCCACAAUUGGAUAUCUCCCUUUUUAAAGAAAAACAACAACACUACUUUGAGCAACAGACAAGAUCACUGGGGAAGGGCAAUGGCAGUCACUUCUGGUUUCUUGGAUUUGGCAUACAUUUAUUAAAGCAUUUCAACCCAGUACUUUAUAACUUCAACCCAAGAUCAGGAGGUAUGGUUUUCAGGUGUGUUUUUUAAAAAACCAUGUUCUGUUUUUAAACUCCUAUAUCAGAAGGCUUCCCAUAUAAAUCCCCAAAUAGUAUUGGGAUCAGCCUCCCGCUCCUGAUUCGUAACUAUUUUUUUAAAUAUU